AAAUCAAUAAUAUGUCCCCAAUGUACCACACGUUAAGCUAAAAAGUACCAUCGAUAUGACAGCAUUAAGGACCAAAAGGGCAUUUCAGUUCAAUUACACAACCCUUGCAAACCCUCUCAUUGACUCUCUCAAAAAGUGAUAGUAAUUUUAGAAAAAUCUCUCUCACAAAAUCUUCUAUUUUAUCAUUUCGAUAAUAGCGAUGUUUAGUUAACAGCUUCUGUUUCCUUACCCAACUGCAAGAUCAAGGUAUGACUGUAGAAGUUCUACGGGAAUGUAGUGUAAUAAGGAAUCUGUUCCUGCUCUCUUUCAUUACAAGGAUCAGCUGUUAAAAUGUGAUCAUGAUACACCUGUAAAAAGUUCUGUAAGGGUGACUAAAUAAGAAAUUAGCUAUAUCUCAUUUCUUUUUGGAACAGUCUUUUUAGGCUGUGAAUGUUGAGAUUUGUUUCAUAUGGAUAGAAAUGUUGGCAAAGGCAUGAUGGGACAGCAGAACUAUGAACAAGGCCGCUAUAGCUCUGUAGAGACUAGAAAUGAGGUUAUUGGUUCUACAAAUCAGAGAUUUUUUCAGGAUCCAUCUGGUUCUAUUAAUACAAACAUAAGACCACCUGAUUUCACUGCACCUGUUGGAGCUAGGCCUGUAAAUUAUUCUAUUCAGACUGGUGAGGAGUUUGCUCUGGAGUUUAUGCGGGAAAGGGUGAACCCUAAGCAGCAUCUUGUUCCGCAUGCUUCUGGUGGGACUAGUGGUGCAACUUCUUAUAUGGACCUGAAGGACAUACUUGGAAUAUCUCAUACAGGUUCUGAAAGCGGAUCAGAUAUCUCCAUGAUUGCCCCAAUGGAAAAAGGUCGAGAUCAAAAUCAUGAGAGAUCUAGGACUUCCGUAAAUGAUGAGAAGUCCUACCACCAAGUUGUGCAAUCUGUGCCCAGAACCUCAUCAAGAAAUAGCAACAUCCGUGGGUAUCAAAGCCACGUAUCUUCUAGAUCUAGCACAUCAGAAAAGUUGAGGUUUCUCUGCAGUUUUGGCGGUAGAAUUAUGCCUCGUCCAAGUGAUGGAAAACUUAGAUAUGUUGGAGGUGAUACACAUCUUAUUCGAGUCAGUAAGGAUAUUUCUUAUGAGGAGCUUAUGCAGAAGAUGUUGACAAUAUAUAGCCAUGCUCAUACCCUAAAAUAUCAGCUUCCUGGUGAGGAUCUUGAUGCGUUGGUGUCAGUUUCUUGUGAUGAGGAUGUGCAGAAUAUGAUAGAGGAAUGUCAUGUUCCAGAAGGUGAUGGAUCACAGAAAAUGCGGAUUUUUCUCUUCUCUAACAGUGACUUGGAUGAUACUCAAGCUGGGAUUGAGAAUGUUGAAGGAGAUUCAGAGAUGCAGUAUGUUGUUGCUGUCAAUGGCAUGGACUUGGGGUCUAGAAGAAACUCAAUUGCUCUGGCAAGCACUUCAGGAAAUAAUCUCGAUGAGUUUCUUAGUUUAACAAUUGGCCGGGAGAAUGGUCGAGUUGCUGCUGAUGCUUCUCAUUCAGUGGCUGGUGUGCCUCUAACUGGUCAAUCUGGUCAUGUGAUGGUGUCAGGUUCAUUACAUGCCUCUGACUCCAACCAACAAGGGUACCAUGGUCAAACUAUUCAUCACGGCGGUGCUGAAUGGAGACCUUUACCCCCUUCCAUGCCUGUUGACAACUUCCAAAAUUUAGAUGCCAAAAGCACUGGUUUGCCACAGUACGGGCAUGAUCCUCAUCCACCCAACUCCUCACAACUCACAGAUAACUUUGUUGUUAGUUCUGGCCACAGUUACCUGAAUGGGGAAGGAGGUUCAACUUACGAGCAGCCAUAUAGAAGUUCGCAUAUGAACAGCCAAGAAGCACCAGCUGAGGUGGUAAAAAUGAAAAGAGACGUCUCUUUCCAGAAGAAAGUUGAACUUGCUAAAGAUCAAUCUCUGGAAAAGGAAGUGCUUAAGGACGCAAAGAUGAAAAGAGAAAGCUCUGCACAAAAAUUGAAUGAGCCUGAGAAAAUGCGGUCUGCGGAAACUGAAAAAGUUGUUUCCUCGAAUUCAGUUGUCAAUUCUGCCCCAAGUCCUGUUUCCCGAGUUGAAGCAUCAAAUUCUGCUGCUACGGCAGUUUCUGGAAAUUCUGUCUUGCCAUCUAAACUGAAUGGGAAGAGUCAGGAACAAGUGCAAGGCACAGUGUCUCUUGGAGCUGUUCAAGAAGAAAAACCCGAUGGAUAUAGUGAAGAUGGCCUCUUUUCUGCAUCUGGUAGAACUUUGAACGCAGGCUAUGGCGAUUGUGAAGCAUACCCAUAUGACCUUAGCUAUGAGCCACCUUCAAUGCCUCCACGAGUUUUUCGUUCUGAACGUUUGCCCAGGGAACAGGCUGGCCUAAAUCGCUUGUCCAAAUCUGAUGAUUCCUCUGCUGCGCAGUUCAUAAUGACCCAUGCACACUCCGAAGGCAGCCAGCAGAUCCUGGAAUCAGUUGAUAAAUUACAUGAUGGAAAUGUGAAUCCCUAUACUGGGAGGUUUAUACCUUCUGAUAAGAAUCUGUCUGCUAAUCAACCUGCUACCGAAGAGAAAAAGGUUGAACAUCAGCAGACUGUAGAGUUAAGUGACAAUGCCAAGGGAGUUAAUUCAAAAGUUGGUGAAGAUGUUUCUGAAGCAAAUCUUGAGAAGCCAGAACUGAAAGCAGCAACUUAUGCUGAUAAAGUGAAAUCGGGACCAAAUAAUCCUAUCACUAGCAAUACUGUUCAUGACGUAUCUGCUUCCAAGCCACCGGAGCUUCAUUGGGGUGAUGCAGCUGCAAAUAGACCAGAGGAAAAUAAACCUACAGGGCAAAUACAGCCAUUAGCUGAGAGAGAGCCUCAAGUUGCAGCAGUGGCCACAGGGAAGCCAUCUGCUACCAGUGGCUCUCCUGAGUACGGGGACAUUCUUAUUGACAUUAAUGACCACUAUCCCCGAGAGUUCCUCUCUGAUAUUUUUUCCCAAGCUAAAAUAAUGGGUGAUUCAUCAGUGCCUGUUCCAGUGCGCGCUGAUGGAACUGCUUUGAGUUUGAAUAUGGAGAACCAUGAACCAAAGCACUGGUCUUUUUUUCAAAAGCUAGCCCAAGAUGAUUUCAUCAGAAAAGACGUGUCUCUGAUAGACCAGGAUCAUCUUAGUCUCUCUUCUACUCGGGCAAAGGUUGGGGAUGAAGCAUCCAUUGAUUAUGGUUAUCCUCCUUUUAGUGGUGGAGCUAUGAUAGACCAUAUGGACUCCCGAAUGAAUAUUGAAGGUGAUAUUCAACACCCAUCACGCGAUAAUGUUGAACCAUCCACCAUGAAUAUGCCUUCAGAUUACAAUCCUUCUCAAACCACUGUCAUUCAAAACACACAGUAUGAUGGAUGCAUACCCGAAUCCGAUUAUCAGAUUAUCAAGAAUGAAGAUCUUGAGGAGUUGAGGGAAUUGGGUUCUGGAACAUUUGGAACUGUUUACCAUGGAAAAUGGAGAGGAACUGAUGUUGCCAUAAAGAGAAUAAAGAAAAGCUGUUUCACAGGUCGCUCAUCAGAGCAGGAGAGAUUGACUCAUGAGUUUUGGCGUGAAGCUUCAAUUCUUUCAAAGCUUCAUCAUCCAAAUGUGGUGGCAUUUUAUGGUGUAGUGCAAGAUGGGCCAGGGGGAACUCUUGCCACAGUAACAGAAUUCAUGGUGAAUGGGUCUCUCAGACAUGUUUUGCUUUGCAAGGACAGACACCUGGAACGCCGCAAGAAGCUGAUAAUUGCAAUGGAUGCUGCAUUUGGAAUGGAAUAUCUGCAUUCAAAGAAUAUUGUACAUUUUGAUUUGAAAUGUGACAAUUUGCUUGUCAACUUAAAAGAUCCUUCCCGACCCAUCUGUAAGGUUGGUGACUUUGGACUUUCAAAAAUAAAGAGAAAUACGUUGGUCACUGGUGGUGUUAGGGGAACCCUUCCAUGGAUGGCUCCAGAGCUAUUGAAUGGUAGCAGUAAUAAGGUUUCUGAGAAGGUUGAUGUUUUUUCCUUUGGGAUUGUGCUAUGGGAAAUUCUGACUGGCGAGGAACCUUAUGCUAAUAUGCAUUAUGGAGCAAUUAUAGGUGGUAUAGUCAACAACACCUUGAGGCCACUUGUUCCAAGCUACUGCGAUACCGAGUGGAGAAUUCUUAUGGAACAGUGUUGGGCUCCAGAUCCUUCUGUUAGGCCAUGUUUUACUGAAAUUGCCAGACGCUUACGUGCUAUGUCUGCGGCAUGCCCAACAAGACCACUAGCUCAUCCACCUCAAAACCAACAGUCCAAGUAACGACGUGGGCAAUUUUUCUGUAUUCCUGCCUCCAUAUUCUAUAAGCUGUUUCUAUAAGGAUACUGGACAUAUCUGUAUAUCAUAUUUAGUGGGGAGAAUUGCCUCCUUCAGGUUGUGAAAUCGCAUUGUCGAAAAACUAAUGAUCGACAGAGUAUAUAUAUUAUUCCCGAGAAGCAUGAAAAAAAAAUCAUGAUAUAUUGCAACUUGUAAAGCAUCAUUUGUAUCUAAAAAUGGAACCUUUUGCCUUUGAAA